AUGAAAUCGAAAGGGUGUUUUCGUGUUCUUCUCAUCUUCUUCAUGAGCUUCGAUCACAUUCGUGGAAGUGCAACUUACAAGUCCAUAAUUUGGGAUCAUGAAAAUCCACUGUUUAAAAAUGAUUGCCCCUCAGGGAAGCCCAAGCUCUUCAAUGUGGAAGCUAAUUCAAAAAUCAAUUUUGUGUGUCCAAAUGUAGCCACGAUGAUGGACUCAACUUUGAGGGAAGUUACAAAAGCAAACAGGUAUGAGAACCUUUGGCUGGUACACAACAGUGCUGCCUUCGAUGGUUGUAAUGUUAUGCAGGAUCCAAGGCAUUUCCUCCUCAUGCGCUGUGAAGACCCCACAUCACUUCAGUUCCGCACUGUCAUAUUCCAACGGUAUUCAGCUGAACAUCAUCUUACAUUUCAGAAAGGAAAAUCCUAUUUCUUAAUCUUUAACCUACAUGUUACUAGCUUCCUUUAUUGUAAUCAGUUACAAUGUGUUUGGUCUUUAGAUACUGCAUGCCUUGAGAAUGUUGGCAAGCUGCAUUGCCAGGAAGAGCCUUCAUCCUCACAUGUUCUGAAUACUGCAACAGUACCACAUACUGCUGCAGUUUCAUCACACACUCAAUCUCCCACUGAAGGAAAAACAAAUCCCUGCAAAGAGGUUUUAAAUCUAUUAGUAAAGAAAGGGGCUCCAGAUUCUGAGAGUGAAGAUAAGUGCAAAAUUUGGAAGAUUGCUGUAGCAUGUUCUUCUGGUUUUUGCAUUGCUGCGUUUUUCUGUUUGUGUUGCAAAUGUUUUUGGAAAAAGAGAAUGAAGCGCCCGGAUCAGUAUGACGUGAAAGUAGAAUCUUCCAAAAGACCUGGUUUGGAAAAUGAUGGUUUUGAAAGAAAGUCUGAUGUUGACUCGCUUAAAAAAAAAAGGGGGUCUUACAUCAGACGUGAAUGAAAAGGGUAGCCUCAAAAUAAAAACUGGUGGCCAGUAGUGGUGUAACUAUAUAUAUUCCUUACGAUUCGACUCAAUUCGAUUACUACCUUAAGCUUUCGAUAUCGAUUAUUUCAAUUCAAUUAAGCAAAAUAUUAAUGUUUUUUUUUAAAUUCUUACAACAUGAUACACAAUGUAGACAACAUACAACCCGAAACCCUCAAUUUGAGGAUACACUGUACGAUAGUAACAGGAACAUUAUUAAUCUAUAACAAGGAUGCAAUAAAAAAAAAUGCAAUUU